UUAACUUUGCUUUAAUUAAUGAUUCUUGAUGCAGGGUAAUUUCUUGGUUCUUGACAUUACUCAAAGAAGAUGCAACUUGCGUUGCUGCUGGUGAAGCAUUAGCUUUGAUAUUUGAGUAUGACAAAGUUGACAGAUUUUUUGUUAAAACUGAAGAAUUAUUAUCAGAGUCUUAUGAUGGAUUAAGAAAAUACAUUAAAAACAUCAUUUUGAAGCAACUAGAGAGUACUUCAAUGGAAGCUAAAACUGCACCUCCUCUGAAACAAAUGUUCAACAAUGCUGCUAGAACCGACUGGGACGUCUUAAUGUACUUUAAGGAAGAUAAACGUCCAAAAUAUUAUGAAACAUUUUAUGAACAAAAAUUAAUUCUAACAUCAUGGUCUUCAAUUACACAGCUCAAAUUCAUCAAGAAUUUUCUGGGAGAAGAAGAAUUUUCAAAUUAUUUGAUGGAAAACGAAGUCAUUCAAGAAUUAUUUGCAUUUGAACCUUAUUAUGAAGAGGAAGAAACUCCAACCCUAUAUGAACCUACCUUUGAAAAGAUUGAGGCAAAGGUAUAUCUCCUUGGUACUCGAGGGAAAGAUCCUGAACUAUUAACAAAAAGUCAAAUGAAGAAAGAGCGAGAACAGACAAAGUCAAUUAUUGAUAAAUCAAAGACCAAACUUAUGAACAAAAAGCGCACAUUUGCAGAGGAGAGAAAAGGCAAGGGAUAUUUCGAAGAGGUUGAGAGUGCAGUAUCUCUUUUUGGACUACUUUCUUAGUUUCUUUUUUCUAAUUAAUUAAUAUUUAAUUUUGUACAUGAUUAACUUUGGAAUAAUCCUUUGAAUUUUCAGUUAUUGAGUAUUGUUAGGUUAGUGAUUUUUCUCAUAAUUAAGAAUGCUGUAGUUAUAUUAUACUCUUAAACAGUGACCCUGUAAUUUAAGUCUUUAACCUUAAUAGAUUUUAAAAUUUUAA